UAAGAUACUUUUUCGUCAAUUGCUUGAAUCCGGUAUAUACCGGAGUCUGUAGUGUAUCACAGGCGCAGCAGAUCUGUUUUUAGUCACAGCCAAAAUGGGUUUUCCAAUGACAGGGAUGUAAAGUCACCCCAAAAUAAUAUUAGUUCCAGGACUCAGGUUACCUAUGGCAUCUUCUCAUGGACAAAGUACACAAAAGAUACCAUCAGAUGGAUUUUCCCCACAUAACUUUCCGGGACAAGACAACACUGCAGCAAAGGACAUUCACAGAAAUAACAUGCAACAAUGGAGGUUCGAUGAGGAUCUCGGCGACAAUGCUACUGUGUCUGCAGUACUUUAUUGUAAUCUGCAGCAUCCAGAGCUCAAAAGUCAAUUUCCAGACUACUCUGAGCGAUUCAAACAGAUUGCCAAGAUCUGGCGGAAAUUGACAACUCAUGAAAAACUUCCUUACCUGGUGCGGGCUAAGAAGAACAUAGCUCAAAGAAAGAAGCAACAACAUCAUCAACAACAACAGCAACAGAGUCAUUUGCCGGUUAUGCCAGAAAUGAGAUCACCCGAAAUGUCCAAAAGCCCUAAAGCUCCGGAUGAAUUCAACUAUGACCCUCUCAAAAUGUACCUUUAUAAAAAGGCCAUUAGAACUGGAAUGGAGAGAGAAAGCAGUAUACGGGUAAAUAUUAUUGGAAACUUCUCCCAAGGCAAAACAUCAUUAACACGGCGCUUGAUAGGUACAAACUGUGAAGGUGUUAUAUCUACAAAUGGCAUAGAAAUCAGAAGGUUUAAAUGUAGAAAAAUGAAAGGGGGACGAUUGAAAUUAGUGGAAGAUGAAAACAAGGACUUUUUUGAUAGAAUAGCUGCAGUUGCACGUUCAGUUGAUACUGAGAAAUUGAGUGAAAGAGUUGAACGUACCGCAUUAGCGAACACACAGAACAAUCAGGCCGUUUCAUCAAUCGCAGAAGACCAUAUAUUUUCAUCGUUGCAAACUCAGUUUCCAGCAACAUCUCAAGAGCCUACGCAGAGGCAGAUCUUAAACACUCCUACAGCAUCUCAAAAGCCUACUGAUGGCAGAUCUGUGUCCUCGAAUGUGCAACAACAGGUUGUCAACACAACACAACUUCCUUCUAUUUCGAGUGAAGAUUUUAAAACAUUUUCGAGUGGAGUUGACCAAGAAAAAGAUAAAGUAUAAC